GACAGAUCGACCCCCACUAACAUCUGCAGGCAUGUAAGCAGGAAAAGCGACACGUAGCGCCAGUGUCUCCCCAUCCCCAGCAGUAGCAUCAGCAGCGUGACCGGCUGCACGGACGCUCGGGGAGAAGGGGGCCUGGCCGGAUCCCACGUCAGUGGGGACUGGGCUGCGCUGUCUGGCUGGGAGGGAUCAUCUGGUUCCUGGCCGCAGACUCCCGUACAUGCCCUGUGUACGCCGCCUGCCAUAGCAUAACCUGAGGAGGCUGCGCUCGCACUAGCACGCAGGUCGCUCAUCCACUCCACGCACUAGUGUCAGCGAUUCAGGUGCUCUCCAAUCAUAUGUGAGGAUGAAGUUCUUUGGCAUCUCACUGCUUCUCGCCAACCUCUGGUACCAAUGGCAUGUUCAAGCAGAGUUUUUCACAUCUAUAGGUCAGAUGACAGAUCUAAUAUACAAGGAAAGAGAUCUUGUGCAGUCUUUGAAGGAGUACAUUAGAGAAGAAGAAGAACGUCUUUCUAAGAUCAAAAGUUGGGCCCUCCAAGUUGAAGAAGUUACCAGUAAGUCUACUCUUGAUCCGGAGGGAUACCUUGCACAUCCUGUGAAUGCUUACAAGCUGGUGAAGAGACUUAAUACAGAUUGGCUCUCACUGGAGAACUUAGUACUUCAGGAUUCAACCAAAGGCUUUAUAGCAAACCUCACUAUGCAAAGGGAAUUCUUUCCAAGCGAAGAAGAUGAAACUGGAGCGGCCAAAGCAUUAAUGCGUCUCCAAGACACCUACAGACUGGAUGCAGAAGUCAUAGCAAAAGGAAAAUUACCAGGAAGUAAAUAUGUUGCAUCUUUAUCUGUGGAUGAUUGCUUUGGUAUGGGAAAAAUAGCCUACAACGAUGGUGACAAUUACCAUACUGUUCUGUGGAUGCAACAGACUCUAAAAUUAUUGGAUGAAGGGGAAAAGGCCAUGAUUUCGAAAGUGGAUGUUCUAGACUACCUCAGUUACACUGUUUUCCAGCUCGGGGACAUCCAUAGGGCAGUGGAGCUUACACGAAGACUACUAGUUUUAGAUUCCAGUCAUGAGCGAGCUGGAGCUAACCUGAGAUACUUUGAGCAAUUGUUGGAGAAAGAGCGAGCUGAAGAGGAACUCAAUAAGACAUCUGACAAAGAGCCUCAAAAGCCUCAUUCUGGCAUCUAUGACCGACCCCUGGACUACUUGCCAGAACGUGAUACCUAUGAAGCACUAUGCCGUGGAGAGGGACUUAAAUUGGUUCCUCGGAGACAGAAGAGACUUUUCUGUCGGUAUCAUGAUGGGAAUAGAAACCCUUUUCUGCUCCUGAGUCCUGUUAAGGAGGAAGAUGAAUGGGAUAGUCCACGGAUUGUCCGCUAUCUGGAUGUUUUAUCUGAUGAAGAAAUAGCGAGGAUUAAGGAGCUGGCAAAGCCAAAAUUAGCAAGAGCAACAGUACGUGACCCUAAAACUGGUGUUCUGACAGUAGCCAAUUACAGGGUAUCUAAAAGUGCAUGGUUGGAAGAAUAUGAUGACCCGGUUGUUGCUCGUGUGAAUAAGCGUAUGCAGUACAUUACGGGGCUGACAGCUGCCACCGCUGAGCUGUUGCAGGUAGCAAACUAUGGCAUGGGAGGUCAGUAUGAACCACACUUUGAUUUUUCCAGAAGCAAGGAACCUGAUGUAUUCAAGCGGUUAGGGACUGGCAAUCGUGUGGCAACCUUUCUGAAUUACAUGAGUGACGUGCAAGCUGGAGGGGCCACAGUAUUCCCAGACUUUGGAGCAGCAGUCUGGCCUAGGAAGGGCACAGCAGUUUUUUGGUACAAUCUUUUUAGAAGUGGAGAGGGUGAUUACAGGACACGACAUGCAGCCUGUCCCGUGUUAGUAGGUAGUAAAUGGGUUUCAAAUAAAUGGUUCCACGAAAGAGGACAAGAAUUCCUGAGGCCUUGCGGAUUAACAGAAGUUGACUGACAUGCGCUAUUUUAAGUUUUUGUUUAUUAGAGAUUUUUAAAGUUGUCUCCUAUUCACUCCUGGUAUCCAGUGUGGUGAAACCAACCAAACUAGCCAGAAAGGGAAAAAAAGAGAAGGAAAGCAGAGUAGUACAAUUAUAUAUUUAAAAUGAACACAAUAUAAAGACUUGUGUACAAUGCUCACGCUAAUCAUUGUUUUCAAGUUGGUGAUUCUAAAUGAUGAAAAUAAGAAGUAUAGUGUUCAUUUUAAGUACCCUGCACUUGUCACAACCCAUGCUGUUCCUCUUUUCUGCCUGGGAUGUUGCUCUCUGCUCUUGUGCUUCUAGCACACACUGGUCUGUUUCUUAGCCCUGAGAUACAGGCCAG